CGGACGCCGCGUAUGUAACUUAACCUCAACUUAAUCGUAACUUACCACGAAUUACACAACAAAAACUUAUUUAAUUCGCAAAGUAAAUGAGUAAAUAGUGAAAUUAUAAAUUAGUGAACAUGUAUAAACGUUGUGUUUAAGUGAUUUCUAAGCGUUUAAAGUUAGUUUCGACUGUUUGUUUAUUUUGGUUGGAUGCUUAAAAUUCUUAUAAACUGCACGGAGUUUACAAUGUGAUAUCCGCCAUCUUGUCGUGACGCAAAACAAAAUGGCGUCGCGAACAGUAUUCAGGUUUCUCAUCCUUCUGACGGCGCUGGUGUGGAUCGUGACGGCUGACAACAAGAAGAGAAGGGAGCCUUGGACCAAUGGGAGUUGGUUCAACAUCGCCCGCUUGGAAUUAGAGAAAUUGUCCAACCGGACCGACCUGUUUUCGGAUACAUCUCGCUUGUGCGCGCGCAUACACGGCUUGACAUCUGGCCAGCGACGUGUAUGCAAACGCCAUAAAGACCACAUGCCCGCCGUGAGUGGAGGGGUGAAGAAAGGGAUAGAAGAGUGCCAAUACCAGUUUAGAGGGAGAAGGUGGAAUUGUACAGUGUCGGGAGAUGAAACUGUCUUUGGACCACUUACUUUGAUUGCGUCAAGAGAAACGGCCUUCACGCACGCUAUCACGUCAGCAUCCGUCUCGCUCUCCGUCUCCCGCGCGUGUAGAGAUGGAAGAUUGUCAAGCUGUGGUUGCAGCCGUGCUAGGAGACCGAGGAAUCUGCACGAAGAGUGGGUUUGGGGUGGCUGCGGUGACAACUUGGAGUAUGGCUAUAAAUUCACUGAAGGCUUCGUCGACAUUAGGGAGCGGGAGAGGAAAGUGAAAAGAGGCAGCCGCGAACAAGGGAGACAGCUGAUGAACAGGCAUAACAACGAGGCUGGGAGACGGGCGGUCAUAAAGAAGUCACGGGUAAACUGCAAAUGCCACGGCGUAUCGGGGUCCUGCAGUUUGAUCACGUGCUGGCAACAACUGGCAACACUGAGAGAAAUUGGGGACUAUUUACGUGACAAAUAUGACGGUGCCACGGAAGUGAAGGUGUCUCGGCGUGGCAAGCUCCGCCUCAGCGACCCUCACUACAGCCUGCCCACAGCCCAGGACCUCGUGUAUUUGGAGGACUCGCCUAACUACUGCGUUAGAAACGAUUCCUUGGGUUCUCUCGGUACGUCGGGCCGCGAAUGUAACAGGACUUCAGCUGGUAUAGACGGUUGUUCAUUGCUCUGCUGUGGUCGAGGGUACAACACCAAGAGGAUCGUCAUCAAGGAACGGUGCGGCUGCAAAUUCCACUGGUGUUGCCGAGUGGAAUGCAAUACGUGUGUGAAAACGUUGGAGAUGCACACUUGCAAGUGAACUCUCUUUGUUACAUGUAAUCGAAUGAUUAUGUGGCGACAUCUCUACGCCACAAGUCACAAAAACAAAAUCACG